CUAAAUUGAAGGAUAUUUUAACCCAUAAAUAUUUCAACGAUUCAAGGAAAGAUAUUUUAACCCUAAAAGACUUGUCUUUUGCUGGCAGUCUUCAUGGCGAACCGAGCGGGCUCUUCAUCGUCACGCAUGGAAACCCUUCACGAAGAAGAUGAUUACGACUCAUACGGCGCCGAAUCAGGAUGGGUGGAAGCUAAAACGCACUGUGAUCACUUGCCUUCCCUAUCCUCUGAUCUCACUCACAUUCCAAUCCCUAGCACUCCCUGCAACAGGUGCCAGCACCCAAUUGAGAAUUGGAUAUGCUUGUCCUGCAAACUUGUGCUUUGUAGCCGUUUUGUGAAUAAGCAUAUGCUUGAGCAUUAUCAGCAAACAACCCAUUCCAUAGCGCUCAGUUUUAGUGACCUGUCAGUUUGGUGUUUCGCUUGUGAUUCUUAUCUUGAUGCUCAAUUGAUUCAGCAACUGCGACCUUUUCAUGAGACAGCUUACAUAUUGAAAUUUGGUCAAGCCCCUCCUUUUCGGCCUGUUGAAUCUUCUCGGGUGGAUGAUAAACCGGCCAUGGAUGUGCCAUCAAGCAGUUGAAUCUGGUAUGGUUUUUAGACCGAAGGGCUGUAAUGGCAAAAGGAGGCUAGUUUGGAAUUGAAUCAAACAAUAAAUUAGUUGAAUUUAAUUAUAUGAGUUCUGUUCUAUGUAUACUGAUGGUUAGAAAUAGAUGGCUUUUUAAGGUUCAUAUUGCCUCUUCCAAAUACAAAACCACAUAAAUUUACUCAGUCUAGGUUAAGGCAGAGAAAAUUUUGCAUACCUUAUUCAGCUGUUGAGAUCUUGCUGCCUUUAUGAAUUGUUUCAAUCUCUACACAUUUAAUAAUUUACACAAACAUUUGAUCUUCUGCCCAUAUAAAUUUACUCAGUCUAGGUUUUUAUCUGAAUUGUUCUUUGAUUUUGAAUAAGUCUUCAUUAGACGACCAGGCAUUCUAUUGCACACAAUUCGCUGUCAUGUCAUAGACCUUGUAUUACUAAGGUAACCUGUGUGUUUCGGUUGUCAAGCAUUUGUUCAGGUUUCACUAAUGCAACUGCAUUCAUGUAGACAGAUUAUUUUCCAAUAGGGUAGUGAGUUCCCUUGGAAUGGAUCCCUGUUAGAUUGUUGUUUAGAUGAUUGUACGUUAGAUUCGAGCAUGAUGCACGAUGACUUAUCGAUGUUUAAGUCAGGGGAAUCUCAGUGACUUAAGUUAUGUGAAAGACUGGAAUUUCUCCUUCAAAGCUCUGUUAUCAUACAAAUCCAUGAUUGAACACAAACAUUAAGUUUGCACGAGUAAAAUCAGCUAGUGAGUUUUUUACAGGCUUGUGAAAGAGAAUUUAAGAUAAAUUGUAGAGUACCAAGAUACAACAUAGAUAGAUGAUAUGCAUUACAAGCUGUCUUGACAUCCCCGUUCUUUCUGUAGAGUUUUGAUGUUUAUUU